AUGUUGCAAGUAUCUGAGCGUCAUGAUCAAGUUAUUUUGAACAAUAAUGUCAGACCUAUUGGGACAAAGAAAAUUCCCGAGGCUAACUAUGGCAAGGUGAAGGAUGGAAAGAACCCUAAAGUAAAGGGGAUUGGACGUGCUGACCCUUACACACGUGGGGGCAAUACCCCACGUGGAAAAGGAUAUGGAGGCCGUAGUUCUAGUGGCCAUGGUGGCACUGGACCUAGUGGUCACAAAGUGCAAAAGGCACCGAAAAACCCCCAAGCAAAAAGGGAAAGAGUUGGUAAUGAACCUUGCUAUAGGUGUGGAGACACUGCUCAUUGGUAUAAGAACUGCCAGACAAGUAACAGAGUCGCAGCCAAUUACAAGAGGUAUAGAGAGUCUAGAGAACAAGAGGCUCACUAUAUAGAGGAAGAAGGUCCUGAACCUAAUGUCAACCUCACAAUCUCGGACUUUAAUGGCAAGAUGGACCCUACCAAGUCAAGCGAUACUCCAGAUUUUGAUUAA